AUGGAAAAAGAUGCCUUGGGGCCAUCGGCUGGCGAUCAUUCACCGUUCGUUUCCGUUGUAAACCUCACCUUGGGCCGAGAAUCUCUCCUCACAACAACAACAGGAGGGCGCAGACGACGCAACAACCCAAGUCGACGAAGAAAAAAAAAGUUUAAAAACGCCCCGUUGGCUCGGAAGUCAGUCGAGAGCCGAGCGACCAUGUGCAAGGCUCAGAUUUUUGUUGUUCUUGGCCUUCUCGCCAUCGCUUCUUCUGUUCAGGUUGGCUUCAUUUUUCAUUAUUGAGCUGGAAUUGUAGAGCUGAAAAAUGCGAACAAAAUGGUAUGAGAAUGAAGGUUUAGAACCUCCAUCUUCUAGACUUAUGAUUUUUUUUUUCUGGCAGAUUUUUUAAAACUUCAAUUUUUAGUCCUUUUUCUUCAAGUUUUUUAAUCGAUUUCGAGGUUUCGAAAUUUAAAAAAUGUGUUCAAAAUAGUGGUAAUUCGAAUUCUUGAGGCUAUGAAUGUAGAAGCUUUUUUUCGAAAUCCCACAGAAUUUUUGAACUUUUUUUCAUUAUCUUAGUAGAUUUGAAGUGUUAGUUCGAGUUUAAAUCUUAGAACUUAAUUUUUUUAAAAAAACUGUGUCAUCAAAUUUCUGAAUUUAUGAUCUUUUAUUGAUCACGGAAAUUUUUUUCUCAUUCAUUUUCCUACCACUUUUCUUUGUUUCUUUGGAAAUUCAACCAAAAAAUGGCCUCUAAUCGGCUUAAAAAGAUAAAUUUACCUUUCCCCUUGUUGACUUUUGCUCUUAUACAAAUACUUCCUCCCGUUCGUCAUUUUUCAACCUUCAUUAUAUUCGAACAAACAAAAAAGACUAUGAGAAAAGUUUCUGAAAAGAGUUCUUUUCGAAACCAUGAUAUUUAUGAAAACCUUUGACAGAUUUUAUAGAAAGUAGCACAUAUGACGCUGACUCAAUAAGCAAAUAUCAUACAAAAAAGACUUUUAAUACUUUUUUGAUCCAAUAUUUGGCUACAUGACUAAUAAAAUCCAUAAAGAAGUUUCUAUUUGAAACCUACUGAUUUUUUUUUCUGAACUUAUGCCACAAAAUUUCAAGUUUUUCAAUGGGUAAGAAAAAAAAAGAAAAAAAAAUUGAAUAACAAAAAAAAUUGGGUUAUGUGUCAAGUGCGCCCCAUGGCCAAUCGAAUAUCGAUCGAGCAUUGAAAUUUUUUUAAUUUUUUAAAAAUGUUUCCCCUUUUUUUUCAAUAAUUUUUUGUGAUUUGAGGGAGCUGUGCGACGUGAUACCGCUGUCGCAGUUCCCAACGUCGCUCUGAACUUCCGUGAUAACUGCUACAUCAAGGAAUCUGGAGGUUUCCCACCAUCUUUCUUCAAUUAUCAUUUUUUUUUUCGAUUGUAGGUUGCAAGUGCGUGGUGAAUGAAGGUCACGACGAAGUCACUACUCGUGAAUAUGACGACAUCGAUUUCUGCAAGAAGCCGGUUGAAUGUUCGUUUUGUUGUUGUUGUAUAGUCUGUUCAGAUUUUGAAUGUCAACCAGCUAACUCCGCCCUGCUGAGACGGCACCUUUUCGCGUCGAUGUUUUAUCGCGCGGGACUAAUUUUGACCUUUUUGGAUCUAAAAGAUAGAAAAAGAAGUCAAAAAUGCAGCAUUAUUAAAGGUUCAUCGUCAUCUGGAUAUAAAACAUUGACGCGAAGGAAAUUGUAGCCUUGGAGGUGGAGUUAGCUGCUUGACAUUCAAAAUCUGAACAGACUAUAGUUGACCUCAGACACGAAUAAUGUCACUAUUUUUUGACCCAGAACUCCCCCAAAGUCGUGUAUAGUUUUAAUUUUUGAACUUUCACUUUUUAUUUCAGGGUUAAGUGAUCUUAUUUUUCGGUAGGAAGAUCAAUCGAUCCACGUUCAAAAUCUUUUAAAAUCCCUAUGAGGCCAGAAAAAGGUAAAAAUUUCGACCGGGACGCGACUUGGCAGCUCUACUUUUUUAUUGUUUUCCUAUAAAAAAUGAUAAUUUCUAUCGUCUAAAAAUCCGCAAAAUUCAGUGCAAACCGCGGAGAACAAGAAAGCCCUGAACAAGGAAAUCCUCAAGAAGUACGGCGACUUCAAGGUUGAAAAUUUCUAUGAAAGUUCACAAGAAAUAAAAGUUUUACAGGAAAACUGCUUCGCGAAGCCGUCCGGCGGAUGCAAGUGCAACGUCGAUUUGGGACAAGGCGAAGUCGUUCAGGAGUUCAGCGCCGAUGAGGAUUGCAAGAAGAGCGUUGAACGUUUGUUUUGAAUAAUAUUUUGAAUUUCGAAAAAAAGUAGAUUCACGUUCAAAAAAGGAGAUUUUCUAAGAAAGCCAAAUUUUUUAUUUUUUUAAUUGAUUUUCCGAGUCAAUCACAACUUGCUCGUUUCAUUCUGUACGGUGAUUUAUGACUUUUUUUCGAGCAAUACGAAUAUAACUUUAAUUUGAUAAGGUUUUCUCGAGGUCAUUUUAAAACAAGCUUUUUUUACGUUUCAUACGCUUUCUAAAAGCAAAAAUUUCAAAUAUGAACGUUUUAUUUUUGGUGAGGAACUGAAUAUAAACAUUGUGUAUUUUUUCUUCAAAAUAAUUCUUUGGUUUUGGAUUUUUUUUUUAUUAGUAUUUUUUUUCAGUGUAGGAAAUUAUUUUUGAGUCUUGACAAUAAGGAAAUCGGAAAUCAAACAGUUCGUGGAUUUAAAUUUGAAAAAAAAAUCCAUCUAACGCUUUGAACUUUUUGCCUUUUCGAGUCUUUUUUUCAUUUUUUUAAUUCUUAUUUUUUCAGUCGUCACUGCUGAGCACAAGAAGGAGCUGAACGAGGAGAUCAAGGAGAAGUUUGGUGAUUUCAAAGUAACUUCUUAAUUUAUGAAAUGAUUCAAUGAUAACUUUGUAGGAGAAUUGCUAUCCCAAGCCUUCGGGCGGUUGCAAAUGCAACGAAAAAGACGGCAGCGGCAACGAGGUCGUCACCGCCUACAACAACGUCGAGCAGUGCCGUGUUUCGGUAUGUUUCUUGAAUAUUACGAGUAUAAAGCUAUUUGAAGUUUUUAAACUGGAAGAUUAAAAAAAGGUCUUAACACAGGUCAAUAUUAUCCUUGAAAAGAAAAUUUUUUUUUAAGUUUUUCGACUUGUCAAUUUGAAUUUAGGUCAUUUCCAGCUCAUUUUCUCUUCGUGAUUUCUCUAUUUUCUGUCGAUUUCUAGCUCGUGAACGUGAAAAAUAUAACAUUUUUUUUGGUUGGUAAACCUCUUUGAAGAAUAUUUUCUUCUCCGAUUUUCCUGAUAUUCAAAAAGUUGAAAUUUCGCUUGAUUAGGUGAAGCAAAAAAAUAUAUAUAUAUUUUUCCUCUCCUUUUGCAAUUCACUUUGAAUCGUUUCAGCGCGACAAACGUGAUGUCGCAGUUCAACAACAGCGACAGCCGCAGGUCGUCGGCCGCGUGACCAAAGAUCAAUCCCCCAGCCGCACUCAGCCCAACUACGAUGUUCGUGACCCAGUCAGGUACACUUCUUUUUGAAUUUUUUUUUUCCCGAUAUUCAACAUUUCAGAGAGAAGGCUCAAGCUAACUACGCCGCCGUCCUUGAAGAGUUGAAGACCAAGUUCAAGGGACUGAAGGAGGGAUGCUUCCCACGGCCGAAAGGUUUUUUUCUUCGUAUUUCAGCGAUUUUCAAAUCAAAAAACCUCAGGCUGCCUCUGCGUCAUUGGAAAAACUCCUGAUGGCCGCGACAUCACUGAGCGACGCAUGAAAGACUCCGACUGCAAGUGCCAAGAAGGAGAAAGAAGUCGUGGCUGCCCCGCUGCUUGA